AUGGAGGACGCCAAUGCUCGUAACAGGCAUUUCCGACCUCAACCUGGUGCUGAUCCCGUGGAAUACUUCCGACGAAGGCGACGUGGAUACUUCAAAUGGAACUACGCAAGUGUCAAUGGACGAUGGAACGUUAAUAUUGAUAAAGUAAAAGCAACAUUAGAGCCGCACUUGCCAGACCUCGGCAUGCAUCCUCAAGAGCUCGUUAUCGACAAUUUCUACUCGGGACCCACCACCGCGUAUGGUGGCGACGCUGCCAGGUAUUACACCGUACGAAGUGGGUCUGAUCGGGGAAAAGAAUACUUGCUAAAGAUCAAUCUUCCAAUAUUCCCCUGGUACUUGACGGAAAGUGAGGUCGCAACAAUGAAAUAUGUCCGCCUCCAAACAAGUAUUCCGGUCGCAAAAGUCUACGCGUACGAUGCGAGCGGCGAUAACGCUAUGGGCCAUGAGUGGAUACUGAUGGACAAGCUCGGAGAGUGGUCCAGCACAUUUUAUGCUCUGAACAACGCACUUGACUUCGACCUAAAGUACAACAUCGUGUUAGUCUUGGCCGAAUGGACGAACCAGCUAUCGCUUUUGAGGUUUAAUGAAAUUGGAAGCCUCUACCAUCGGAAGAAGUCCCCAAGCGAGGGCUCUGUAUCAAGCCAGCGCAGGAUACCCUCUUCAACCUGGCAGAAUAAUUCAACUGGUUACAAUGAUGCAACCUGGCAGAACGAUGAUCUCUUGGGAGACCUCUAUAUGGGAGGGACUGACCUGCUAAGGAAGAUUUUACCACGUGAUGAGAUACAAAUGCCUCCGCAAACAGGCAAUGCGCAGAAUUCCGUCAGAGAAUUGCGAUUCCGUCAACUCCCAGACCCCGAAAUGAUUGAUGAGCUUUUCGAAUUAGGACCUGCCGUACAGUUGUGCUACAUGUGGGACUGGCGUUUGGAAUAUGGCGUGUUCCAUGGACCAUUUUCUACCACUGAACAUUUCCUAAGGUCUUUUGUGGAACUUUCACUUCACGAGAUCAUGGACCAAAAGCAGAGGAAGCGCUCGGAGCUUGCAAUGCUUCAACGAAAGUACGAUAGGAAGGAGAUGGAUACGUUACCCUCAUACGAUGGAGAAGGCGAAUCAAGAUUAGAGGGGGAUCUUGACCCUGUAUGGAGCGAGCUUGCGAGCCUCAGAGCCAAGAUCGAGAGCUUGGGACCCAUUGACGAAGACGACACAAUAGAUUGGCAAUCCCAAAGGUACCUUUUGGACGAGUAUAAUCAAGAAAACGAAGAAGAAGACACGGCAGAGGAAACCAACGAGAACGACUUCAGCGAAGACGCUUUUGCUUCUGGCAUGCAGAACUGUCUGGAACUCUUGUAUCUUCUUCCAAAAGUCUGCCCGCCGUUAGGGGAGAAAGCUGCACACCUGUACCAUCCCAACAUGACCGAGGAAAAUUUGCUUCUUGACGGCGAAGGCAUUCCAAUAGGGCUUCUUGACUGGUCGCAGGUUAUCGCCGUCCCCACUUCCCUCAUGGAGCCCUUUCCAAGCAUCAUAUGCAGCUGGACACGCGUGUCAGAAGACGUCGACAAUGCGUCGGAAAGAUUUGAUGCCAUCCUGAGGUCAUGUUUCAAGGGGAAGUUGGAAAGGCUCAGUUCACCAGCAUUCGAUGCGUGUAAAGAUCAGGCGGGCGACUACGUGCCGCGCAGCCUAGAUGACCCCGAGCGUAUCAAACACAUCGAUGAGCGCGACCUAAGAAACAUUUGGCGUUUGGCCAAGGAAGGGGGACAAGGCGGGCGAGACGAGGUCCACGAGAUCUUCAAGAGGGUGAAACGGCGUUCAGAAUGGGGGUUCUAG